AUGGCAGAAAAGGAAAGUAUCCCUAAGAAGCUUUCCUCAAACCAGGUCCAUGAUAUCGGGGAAGUAUUCCGGCUAUAUGGGAACGAGUUAGGGACGGUGAUGAGGAACCUUGGUCAAUAUCCAAACACGGAUGAACUGAACAUUAUGCUGAAAGAAAUCGAGAUCGACGGUGGUGAGACGUCCAGCUUCGUAAAGUUCGUACACGUGAUGGCCAAUAUGGAGGUCAUCGGUGAACAAUCAGAAAAGGAGGAGGAGAAGGAACUGCGUCAGGCAUUCAGGGUAUUCGACAAGACGGGCUGUGGAUACAUCAGUGCUUCCGACCUCCGGGCGGUUCUGAAGUGUAUGGGGGAGGAUUUCACUAAGGAGGAAAUUAAUGAGAUGAUAGCUGAGGUUGACAUUGACGGAGACGGAAGGAUAGAUUUUGAAGAGUUUGUUGCUUGCAUAUAUGACGAUGCAGAAGAUGGCGAAAGGGGAGAAAACAAUACUGCUGAAGAAACAAGUACAAAAUCAUCGUAA